CUGCACCAGCACUCUCCGGUCCACAGCCACAGGGCGCAGAGCUGCUCAGUGCAACAGCUCGGGAUCCACUUCACCAUCCGCCUCUGGUGUGUGCACGCUUCCUCGUCGCGUGGAGUUGAAGUUGGAGGACCAUUCGUUAGAUAUUGCAAAAAGAAAAAAAUCCUUAUACAGGUGAUCUGGACUGCUGCAAACCCCCGGCACUCUAUGAGAAAGAAGAAGAAGAAAAUAACAUAGCUGCGCGGUGUCAUGAGAUCUCUCUGGAAAACAUAAAUUGUUGAGGACUUUUUUUUCUCCUCUUUUUUUUUUUUUUUUCUUUGUUUUUUUAAUUUUUUGAUACUUGAUGAAAAAUAUCGCAGCCUGGUAAAAGAACAGACGUAUUUAUUUUUGAUGUCACAUGCCAACAUUGGUCGAGACCUCAGCGCCGUAUCCUGUGCAAUAAGAGAAAUGGUGGUGGCGCACGGAAUACAACAGUUUUGUUUUAAACGGGGGACUGCUCAGAGAGGAUAAAUUGCGUGCAAAGUUGUGCGGCUUUCUGCUGAGGGAGUUAUCCUGCGGCUUCAACCCCCCCUCCCCCCUCCCCGUCCCUGAAUAAACAUGAGUCCACGGCGAGACACGGGGCCGCUCCAGUGCGUGGGACUCACCGCGCUUCUCCUGUGCUCAGUGGUGGAAAGCAAGGUGAUCCUGGAGGGCCUGCAGAGGUACGGCCCCACGCCAAUCUAUCUGCCUGUCAGCUACCAGAUCCUCAACGCUGAGUCAGCAUUCUUCCUACAGGAGGCAAACCAGGACUUAAUGAGGAACUCCAGCCUGCAGGCUCGCACAGAGUCCUUCUUCAUCCACCAGGCUCGGCAGAUGCCCCUUGUCAAUGCUAGCUACGGGCCGCUGUCCGUGCAGCAGCCUGUCCCACUGGAGCUGCUGCAAACCCUGCCGGGGCCCUUCAAUACCCCCUCCUUCACUUCAUCAUCAGUGCCAACAUCUGCGUCCUCAUCAUCGUCACCUCUGUUUACAUUCAACUGGAAGGUCCACACCUAUAUUAUCAGCGAGAGGAUUCACCCCAGUUGGCCUAAGGUUCAAGUGUUGUUCUACAUCGCAGGCAGGGACUGGGACGAUUACAGCGCCAUCCACAAGCUGCCCUGCGUCAGGAUGUUCGCCUUCCAUGAGACUCAAGAAGUGCGUGGCACAUGCAGGCUAAAAGGUGAGUUGGGGUUAUGUGUCGCCGAGCUGGAGCCCCUGGCCAGCUGGUUCAGCCUUCCCACCGUCAGGCCGGGGAGGCAGAGGGUCUCUGAGCAGGCCCAGGGCACUCCCGUGGAGCUCUACUACAUGAUUCAAACCACAGACAAUGGAGACUGCAGCUCAGAGGAUUCAAGAAAGGGCAGCUCCGUUCACACGGACCAGCAGAGGCCGAUGGGCUAUUUUGCAGGGCAUACGCCUAUGCAGCGCAUCGGGAGUGUCAGGCUGUUUCAGCCGCUGUCGGAGCUGAAGCUGGACAAUAACUUUGUGGUGAUGGCGCCCUCCAAACCCAUCCGUCAGAGGGAAACUGUCUCGACUUUUCUGGCUCUGUCCACGCUUUCCUCAGUGCAAAUUUUCACCCUCAGGGUCAAGCUGAAGGAUGGCGUGGCGUUCCUUGGAGCCAGAGCCAGUAACCCUGUUGUGUGGACGGUGAGCCAGGAUGUCAGAAGUGAAGGUCACAGAAUUGUCACCCUCCACUGUCGGAAGAAGGAGAACAGUUUUAGUCAAAGAGUGGAGGCGGCGGGCUACCAGCGAGUCCUGCAGGUGGACCUGGAGGUGAACGGGCUGAUGGUGACUCAGGGGGGCAGGGAGGUGACGUGGCAGGUCGAGUAUCCGCUCACCCGCACCCUGACCAGCGAGGUGCAGACCCGCAUUCGCCUGGCACCGCAAGACUUGGGUGGCAUUGUGCCGCUAGCCAUGGACACCGAGAUCCUGAACACGGCCGUCCUCAAUGGCCGCACGGUCGCCAUGCCAGUGAAGGUGGUCACCGUAGGAACAGACGGCGCGGUCUCUGAUGUGACGGAGUCGGUGGAGUGCAAGUCAACAGAUGAACAGGUUAUCAAGGUGUCAGAGCGAUGUGACUAUGUGUACGUCAACGGAAAGGAGACGAGGGGAAAGAGCAGGGUGAUGCUCAACUUCACCUACAGUUUCCUGAGUGCUCAGCUGGAGAUGAGCGUAUGGAUGCCCCGCCUGCCCUUGCUCAUUGACGUGGCCGACCCCGAGCUCAGCCAAAUUAAGGGCUGGAGGGUUCCCGCUAGCGCGGGCAACAGGAGGUACGAGAGGGUCACAGAUGACAAGGAUGAUGGUGAUCAAGCGGAUGAGAGGACAGAUAAUGCGUGUGCACCCCAGUAUCAGAGCACCACCCUGCGCGUCCUCACGCACUUCAUAGCAGAUACAGAAGAAGUCAGAGGAGCCGCGGAGGAGGACGGGCUGGGACAGCAGAACUUCCUCCUGGGUAGCGACUGGCAGGUGGAGGUGACACAACUGGUCAAGGAUUCUCUGAGGGUGGAGGACCCAAAGGUUGCGCAACUGCUGGAGGGCCAGGUCCUAAUAGGACUGAGCGCAGGAACCACCAAACUACAGGUGCUGUCCCCUCUCACGUCAUCAGUCCUGGCUGAGAGGAGAAUCAGGGUGUUGGAUGAUAAAGUGAGUGUGACAGAGCUUGGGGUGCAGUUGGUAUCUGGACUCUCGCUGUCCUUGCAGCUCAGCCCAGGGAGCAACAGGGCCAUCGUCGCCACUGCAACCACACAGGAAGUCAGUGAAUCACUGAAACAGGAGUCACUCAUCAGUGCAUGGCUUCAGUUCAGCGAUGGAUCCAUGACUCCUCUAGACAACUACAACACCGCCCAUUUUACUCUAGCAGCCACCUCUUUGGAUGAACAAGUGGUAGCAGUGCAGCAAAGUCCAACUUGGAAGUGGCCCAUCAUUGUGCCCAAGGGCGAAGGUCAAGGUUUGCUUGUGCGUGUUGAAAUGAGCCCGUCAGAAGUGUGCCAGAAGGGCAAGCGACGUACCGUUUUAGCCACUGGAAUGGCAAACGUACAGGUAAGGUUUAGUCAGCCAGAAGAGCAAUACAGACAACCAGGAGAUCGGCGAACAAGGCCUGAUCCUCCAUAUUAUGGUGGAUCUAUCUCUGACAUGGAAACUGGAUUGAUCAACCGUGGAGCCACUACCAUCAGAGGCCAUGUUCCAGUGAGGCCUAAUGGGGGCCGUCUAUCGGCCGACAGUGGUACUAGAAUCCCAGGCGAAUUCUCUGAAUAUCCAGACCAGGCUGAGCUGCCUCGGAGCCGCAGCACUGAUGAGGACUUGUUGCCGUCUCGCCGAGGCCUGACAGACCUGGAGAUUGGUAUGUAUGCCCUGCUGGGAGUCUUCUGCCUAGCCAUCCUGGUCUUUCUCAUUAACUGCAUUUCUUACGCAUACAAAUACCGUAGCAAGCACCUGUCCCUGGAGGCCCCGGAGGCAAUGCCCCACGCUCACGACUGGGUUUGGCUGGGCCAAGAGGAGGGGCUAUGUCUGCAGCAACAGCAGCAGGAUGAGCUGAGCGGCACCCUAGAGGAAGGCAGUCAACUAUUAAAUGGAGGCGUCCAGCGUGGUAAUACUGGUGUGGGAGGAUGUAGUUCGAGUGGGAGGGAUCACAGGAAUGAGUCGCUUAACUCACCAACAACCAAGAGAAAGAGGGUGAAGUUCACCACCUUUUCCAAUGUCAAGUCCAGUAAUGGCUGUCCUGUGCUCAGCCCAUUAGCACUAGUGCAGACCAGUGAGAUCAAAUGGGUAUGUCCGGACAUUGAGCUUGGGGACUCGAAGGAUCUGAGGAACUACAUGGAAAAGCUGAAUGAGAAUGCAAUUAAGAACAUUGCAUAGGGGGUGCUGGGUGUUUUCAACGAACUAAAGAGAAACUCACCUGAAUGCCUUCAGAAUAUGGAGGGGAUGAGGGCUGGAGGGAGGAAGAGGAAAGAGGAAAAGUAUGGUGGGUGCAGAAAACAGACUGGGACUGCUGUUAAACUGUACCUCACUCCAACAACAGGGCAGUGCGUUCAGCCUCUGUUGUUACCAUGACAGUACUCAGAAAGGGUCAAGAAACAGACUACCACAAGACAUGAUUUGCCACAACACCACAGAAUAGUUAUAAAAAGGGGGAAAUGGUAACUUGAUAGUUGUUGCUUAACUUAAAUGUUUGUUCUUUGUCUUUAAUUGAGGUUCAGUUUCCUUUUCUAUGCGCCAUGUACUUUGUUUAACGUUUUCUUUUUUUUUCUUUUCUUUUUUAAUCAUCAUGUUUUAAUGUUGUAUUUGUUGUACUUUUUGCGCUUUGUUGCUUUUAUUUUUAGAGUUGCUGUAUGCCCUGUACCACCUGUCAGCAAUUAUAGAUUCUAGGAGAGAAGAAUUCAAAGCAAUUUUGUAUUGUAUAUAAAUGCAGAGUUUGAUUUGGAGGUAUGAUAUGUAUAGUAACAUUUUGUAAAAGUGCUGUUUGGUUAUGUUUUGGCUUUGUUUUUAGUUUUGUUUCUGUUUUGUCUCCAGAAACCAGAUCCAUGCAUGACGUUAUUAAAGAGGAGGCUGAUCUGGCACCUGAAAUGAAAGUGUGUAGAUAGCUAAUACCAAUACCUCUGGAGACAUGUCAGUUUAGUAUUACUGCACUCAUUCAUUGUGGAGCUGAGUUUUGGGUUGGUUUCAAUAUGUUGAUAUUGGUUUACAAACUUUUGUUAUCCCCCUACAUGUCCCCUUCUUAGGUUAAUGUUAUUAUUUAUACGACCCUCUUCGAUUCUGCUGCAUACAUCAUAAAUUCUAGACUUUUUACAUUUAAAUAUAAACGGCCUGACAUUACAAUUAAAUCAGAACAAGUUACGCUAAACCACUGAUCACCAUCGAGAGUAUCAAUAGACAAUCACAUAAAUAAUGUCAACUCAAUUCCUUCAUUUAUAAUGUUCCAUAAAAAUCAGUCCAGUUUACAGCUAAUAUGGCCUGAAUUAGGUGGAGAUCAGUAAAUACAAUUUCUUAAAAUUCUGUAUAUGACAUUUGGGAUCCCGCAGAAGGAGUCAUGACAGUCAGUGAACAAAUGAUCACAAACUGUGUGAAUGAAAGCCCAAAUCUGACCUCUUCACUACGUUUGUCAUGUGUCAGUAUUAGUCAAGCCCAUCCUUUUAUAUCUCUGUUUUAAAAAUUGGCUGCUGGACUAAUUAAAACUGAAGGUGACUCUUCUC